AUGUACGUUCUGGAGGAGCAACGUUAUAUUCACGAGGAUCUAGAGCGACUGGAGCAGGGCAUUGCAGAUCGCGUCUGGGAGGAGCCCAAGCAUAUUCGCGAUCGCCUUAACCGAGAUCACGAAAUCGCUCAGCUUCUUAACCAGAUCCAGAGCCAGUCAAGUAAGUUGCUGAGGCUGUACAAGGAUGAGCAUGGUUCGCGGGCUGCUGAAAUCCAAGAGCUUGGGACUGGCGACCCCUUCGAUGCAUUCUAUAAACAGCUGGGUAGUAUUCGCGAGCACCAUGCGAAAUACCCCAACGAGCAAGCGGAAAACUCGGAGCAAAGAUACAAGCCGAGGAAAGCUACAGACGCCACUGGGCCCGUCGCAAGCAUCGUCGACACCAUUUUCUCUGGAGAAGAAGCCUUUGGCCGAUUUUUCGAUCUCAACACGUGCUACGAGUCAUAUCUGAAUCUACCAAACGUCAAGCGCCACACAUACUUGCAGUACUUGGAACACUUUGAUAACUUUACUCCCGCCUAUUGCGGAGUGAAGCUAGUGGACAAGCUCACCGAUCAGUAUUUCAGCUACGUGGGCGAACUGACGCAAUAUCUCGAAGAUUUUUUGCGAAGGACGAGGCCUCUAGAAAACACGAAUAAAGUUCUAUCUUCAUUCGACGAGGAUUUUAGCAAUCUGUGGGAUACGAAUCAGCUGGAAGGAUGGCAACUCGAAACAGCAACCGGCGUGACCAAGCCUGCAAUGACCAGCGCCCAGUCUGUCAGCUGCAAAUACUGCGAAAAGGAGUUUAAGAACGAAAACGUGUACAACAGCCACUUGACGGGGCGAAAGCACAAAAAAGCCGAGGAGCUCUGGCAACAGCGACAGCAGGAUGCGUCAGGUGAUUCCGACGGCAUCAAAGCCAACCUUGUUUCGCCCACGAGACUAAAGGAGCGAGCUGUUGCGGAGCGUGAAUACAGAGUAAAGCGGUUGGCCAAUGCCAUGAGCACGGAAAGAAGCGACACCCAUGUCAACGUCGAACGAAAGCAAGGCAUGACAAAGCGAGAGCGAGAGCAAGAACUUGAGAACCUUCUCAACAUGUCUGAUGCUCCACAGGAGGCGACCGAGAACGGCGAGGGCGAGGAUGACGACGAUGAGGAUAAAAUCUACAACCCUCUCAAAGUGCCCCUUGGCUGGGACGGCAAGCCUAUACCCUUUUGGCUGUAUCGGCUUCACGGUUUGGGUGUCGAGUUUCCCUGCGAAAUAUGCGGCAACUACGUUUACAAGGGUCGUCGAGCCUUUGAGAAGCACUUCAACGAAGCUCGACACAUCUACAACCUGAAGUGCCUCGGCAUCACGAAUCCGACGCUGUUUAGAGACAUAACCAAGAUGGACGAGGCGCAAAAACUGUGGGAGAAGAUUCAGAGAGAAAAGAAGCAGUCCAAACUGGACGAGGGUAGCGUCGUGCAAAUGGAGGACGGCGAGGGCAACGUCAUGCCUGAAAAAGUGUACUACGACUUGCAAAAGCAGGGUUUGUUGUAA